GUUUCAACGAGCUCCUAAUCCGUCCGCUCAUUUUACCCCCUGUCAUUUACCCAUUGCAACUUGUUCCUGUCGUUGUUGAUUCCGCCGGCGUGGAGGCACUCAGGGAUCGAUGGCCACAAUCGACCGACAGAAAGCCUCCCAAAGCAACUCGACAACUGCGUUUGUAACUGCUCUCGCAGUCAAUGCUGGUCUUUUGGCUGCUGAAGUUGGCGUUUUCCUGAUCCUCAAGACCAAACUUUGGAGAGUUUACAGCCCACGCGCGUAUCUGCCACCGCCAGAUAAACGAGCCGAUGAGUUACCUGGAGGUCUCUGGAGAUGGUUCCCCGCACUGCUGAGGUCACCGACGAAAGAGAUUAUUCAGAAGAACGGACUUGACGCAUAUAUGUUUUUGCGCUUCAUCAAGCUCCUUGUCUGGAUUUUUCUCGCUUUCACCAUCGUGACCUUUCUUGUCAUCAUCCCCGCCGACGCAGUCAACAUCCAGAGCACCCUUACCGGGGUAGAGAGGAUAUCAUGGAGCAAUAUUGUGGACCCUCGCGACCAACACCGCUUCGCUGCCCAUGUCAUAGUGGUCUAUGUGCUCACCGCAUUCGUGGUCUACAUGAUCCAUCGAGAGAUGCACCACUUCGUUCAACUCCGUCACCAAUUCCUUCUCAGCCCGUCGCACUCUAAGCUGGCUCAGUCUCGUACUGUUCUCAUCACCUCUAUCCCAGAAGAACUGGGGAACGAGCAAGACAUUAAAACUUUUGCAAGUUUUGUACCCGGAGGAGUUGACAGGGUCUGGCUGUACCGUGAUACGAAGACCCUAAACGAGCUGUUCGAAAGGCGGCAAGAGCUAUGCGAGCUACUGGAAGCCGCUGAGUCUGCAUUGCUGAAGCAAGCGACUAAGGCGUGGAGGAAGCGGGUCAAGGCCCACGCUAAGGCCCAGAGAAAGAAGCCGAGGGAUGUUGAACACAACCCGACCGAGUUGGCGAAACCUGAACCUUCGAUAGAAUUGCUUCAGGAUUUGGUCCCUCCUCACAAGCGUCCUAUGCAUAGAACCGGUCUCCUUCGACUUGUGGGGACCAAGGUAGACACCAUCAACUGGUGCAAGGAAGAGAUUGCGAAAAUUAAUGUCAGCAUCGCCGAACUACGCAAAGACAACUCGGAGCACAAAUGGAUGGAUGCACAUCCCAAGGAUAUUGUGUGGAACAACCUGGAUGAUGGCGCUCUCGAGAUGAAAGGGCGAUAUAUCACAUCUUGGAUGGCUACUGUUGGCUUGAUCAUUGCCUGGACUUUCCCUGUGUCCUUCAUUGGUACCCUGAGUAACCUGGGAGAGCUUUGCACUGACGUCAAGUGGUUGGCAUGGGUUUGCGACCUGCCCGACGUUGUCCGCGGUCUCAUCGAGGGUGUCCUCCCUCCCGGUCUCUUGGCCGUUCUGUUCGCCCUUCUUCCAUUCAUCCUCCAAGCACUCGCGUGGUAUGAGUGCAUCGCCCGAUAUUCUCUGAUUUCCGUCAGCGUCUACAAGCGCUUCUACUUCUUCCUCUUAAUCCAUGGUUUCCUCGUCGUGACGUUGACAUCCGGUCUUACCAAUGUUACCCAGGGAUUGGCUGGUGCCGGUAACGCACUCGCUCAGUUUGUGCCUUUGAUCCUUCACUACGUUCGCAAGUGGUUCUUGGGACGAACCCCACGACAGGCUUAUGCUGUGACCUUCAUGAUGCCAGCCGCUGAUUUUGGCGUAGUUUUGCCUCGGCUGUCACUGCUGGCUACCAUCGCCUUCGCCUACAGCGUGUUGUCCCCCUUGAUCAACCUUUUGGCUUUGCUCAGCUUUGGCAUGUUCUACAUCGCCUGGAAGUUCCUUUUUGUGCAAGUCUUUGAUCAACCUGACGAGACGGAGACCGGUGGAAUGUAUUUCCCGAUGGCUGUUGGAAAUCUCUUCGUUGGCCUUUACAUUGAGCAUAUCUGUCUGGCCGCCCUCUUCUUUAUGCGUGCCCCAGACGAGGGAGCAGGGGCUGUUGUAAAGGCCAUAUUUAUGCUGGUCCUUUUGGGACUCACGGCGGUCGCUCAGCUCUUUAUGUCGAAUUCCUUUGACCACUUGAUUCAUUACUUGCCAAUGUCACUGGCGACCAAGAAGAUGGCGAAGAAGUUCGAGAAGGAGAAGAGGAGACGUACGGGAACUAUGCUUCCUGAAGACAACGAAGAGGAACUUGACUUGUUCAGUCGUUCAAGAAUCAGAAGCGUCCGGCGGCGAGUCAAGAAGACCGUUGAGGAGAUCAAGGGCAGGUCGUCCGACGAUAGUGCCAAGGCGCCGCUCGCGGACGGUGCAGCGGAAAUGGCGGCGGUUACAUCCCUGGAAAUGCUUGAAAGGCACAUGGGUGGCGAACUGCAACGCCAGAAAACCAACGACUCAACCCAUUCACAACACUCAAACCAUUCUAAUAGGUCAAACAGAUCCGAUAAUAAACCCAAAGUUGUCUUCGACGCGCCAGCGCCGCGCGUAACAAUGUCCGACGACUCUGACGAUUCGGAUGAAGAGGCUGCUGAUGACCACGCCUUCGACCACCCUUCGACAUACCAAGAGCAAGCAUGGAUCUGGAUUCCCAAAGAUCCCCUGGGUCUCAGUGAAGUUUUGGCGAAAGACUUGCGUUCUGCGGGAGUAGAUGCCAGCGAUGUCGGCGCCUUCAUGGACGAGCAUGGUGUUGUGGAGGUUCGCCGCAAUCCUCCAGAUGAAGAAUGGGCUGGUGGCCAUGAUGCCUAA